CCGACGGCGGGCGUCUGGAGGGAGGGCGGGGGGCGCUCGGAGACCCUCGGGGCCCGCCGCGGAGAUGCGCCCGGGCCACCCUUCCCCGGACCGCAGUAGUGUGUGCCUGGUGGACAGCCGCGAACACCUCUAAAGCUGCACCUUUCACCCUCGGGAAAUGUUGGGGUGGCCGCGUCCGCUGGCUGUUCGCGGUUAUUGUCUGCUUUGAGGGGCCCACUUUGUCUAAGGAAAUGGCCAGCAUCUCGGAGGCGACGUUAUCAUCUGUUGGAUGAGGAUAAGGUGUCAGGCAGGGAGGAGUGGGUUUUCCACGGAGGUGCCUGCCUGCCUGCCUUAGGGGCGCCGAGAUUUCCCCCCUGGCUUCGCUUUUCUUUCCCUUCCCCCCCUUCGGAUUGCACAGGCUGGGCGGCGAGUUUCCACUUAAUUGUGACCUUUCCGUGGCUGUCAGGGUAGUGGGAGGUAGAUGCCUCGGUGAUGGUUUUAGUUUUCAUAUGGUACAGACAUGUGACGUAAGGUGGGGAGGCUUUUUUAACCUUUUAUUUAAACUCAAGUUAUCUAAGCUUGACAGGGAUGAUUUCCCAGCUGGAUUUUCUUAAGGAUUAUUUGGAGAGCGCUCAGCGGCUUCAAACUACAUAUUGCCAGAUGAUGUAAUGGGACAACCCCCCCCCCCCCCUUCCCUGUUUUUACUGAUGGUUAUGACUCUGGUACUUUGGAGCACACACACAAAAAUUAAUCUUUAACUUCUGGGAUUUUUAUUUGACAUAACAUGUACUUUCUGAAAGUUUGCUUUGGUACAUUUAAAGACCAUGACUUGUCAUGCAUCUGUGCUUGACAAAAUAGUAAAAGUUUAAAGAACAUGAUACAUUUUCUUUAUUCCUACUUGCAAUUCAUUUCUUAAAACCUCCCUCUUAAAUGACUAAGAAGUUACUAAAAUAGCUCACUCUUUAAAGCGUUAGGAAUAAUGUUUUGAUUCUGUAGGUUUUUCAAAAAUGUCUAAGGACUGUGAUAACUGGAAAUUGUUAGAACAGGCUCUCUUCAUUAAAUCAUUGUGGCUGUGUGGACAGUAAUAAAAGAACACAUAUGGUAAAAUAUAGCUACAGUUGAGUGGUAAAUUGGAGUUGCGGUUAGGAAUCACUUUGGGAAAUGCUUUGAAGGAAUUUGUCAUCCAACUGCUUGCAGACCCAUUGGGGUUCCUGUGUUGGUACCCUGGACUUUCAGAGCUUAUCCAGGACUUUCUGAACUUGCAAAAAGGCAGUGUUUUAAAAGUUCAUUUCUAAAUCGGUUGUUUAAAACAAUGAAUGCAUAUGCUUAUGAGAAACAGUUACAUGAAUGUGGGUCCUCAAGUGAGUGUCCUCCCCAAAACAUAUUUAUCUCAGUGUGGCUGAAAAAUUGAAGGCUUGUAAUAAAAACUUGGAGAAAUUGAUAGUACGGACCCAGGACUACAGACUGUUGCCUGAAACCCUUGGAAUUCAGAAAUUUUCAGAUUUUUAGGAAGGUAAUUUGGUAUAUAGGUCAUGUAUAAUAUCCACAAGUGGGGUCCUGGCCAGUUCCCUAUAAUCAACAUGUCAGUAGUUCUGCAGUGUAAUGUAUGUUUGUUCCCACUAAGUGAGGUGAAGUCAGACUUAAGUAUAAAUAGCAUCAGAUCAGUUCAGAUCAGGUUGGAUUGUCAAAGAGUUCAGGUCAGGUACAUGUUUCAUCACCAUAUGAGUUACAAAAGCCUUUCCGUUUUAAUAGCUUAUGGGGUUUCGGAAGUGUGAAUAAAGGAUUAUGGACUUUUACCACUAGUCAAACAGAAGAAUAGAGUUCAGUAAGCUUUUUUUUUUUUUAACCUUGAAUUACAGAAAUUAAAGAAAAUUGAAGAAAAUAUGUGUUUGGUUCUCCAGAGGGCAAGAGAGCUGGGAUGAUGUCUCAGUUCACCAGCAAGUGGGGAAGGCCUUGGUGUGGAGGGGCAGGGAAAGACAGUUUGUGGCCUGUUUGGUUCUUUUUCAGCCUCUAUUGUGGAUUAGAUGGAGCUUCUGGAAGUUUGCUUAGGAACCUGAUUGCCAUCAGUAACUUUUUUCUCUGGGCUACUUUCGUGAUUCUUUUUUGCCCCAGGUGAUCAGUUCUGUCUGUGUAGACUGAGUUCAUGAUUCAAUUAAUGUAACCCUCCAUUAUUGGCUUUUUCCAAAAAUCAUUCUAUCACGUUUUUGUGAGAGUUUGGAAAUAAUUCAGAGUGACAGCUCCCUAGAAUAAGUAGAAGGUCAGAUUAUGAUGACCCUAAUGAAGCCUGAAGAGUUGGGACUAUAUCCUGGAAGUUUAAAGAAAUGUGCAGGAGUGGGCUUCAGGGUGCUGGAAAGAGAACCCUAAAGUGAUUGAUCCUAAGACCCCUGAAGUGUGAAGGAAGCCCAUUCUAGCCAGGAAGUGCCUAACACAGUGGUCUCAAACCUGACUGACCAGAGUUACCCUGGUAGCACGUCAAAAUCCUAAUUCCCAGGUCUCCCUCCACAGCACCGGUUUUCAACGUUUGUUGCACCGUAGAAUCGCCUGGGGAGCUGUUAGAGCCAUCAUUGCCCGGCUUCAAAUGCAAGCCAGUGAAAUCGAUCUCAGGCUUCUUUUUACUUCUCACAUGUAGCUAAGAUUGAAAAAUUGAUGCUUUAUGUACUGAAUUAAGGGCUCCAUGGAAUCUGUGUUUUAACUACAUUGCUUCAAGUCUACUUAGUUGGUAGAGCAGUAUUUGAAAUGGACUGGUGAAAGGUAUGGAUUAAAUGAAUGGGGCACAGCAGAAACCAGGGGUGGUGGGAGAACUCAGAGAAAAGGUGGUUAAAGUGGCUCUAGGAUGCUCGAGAGGCUCAGGAUAGAGCCCUGAGAGAACCAUCAAGGUGCGUGGUUUGUGUGGCGAGGUCGUGCAGAUCUGCAGAGGUGAGGAGCCCAAGGAAUUGGAAAUAGUGCUUGGAUACGAAAGGCUGGUGGUGUGAACACUGAAGCUGCUGAGACUGAUGGAUUAGAGUGGAGGAGAAUAUUGCAAAUUAGUUGCUACUAUAGUUGCUAACGGAAGUUAGAAAAAUAUGGUGAAUGGGGGAGAAGAAAGUGGUCAAAGGAAGAGCAGAAAUGAGUGGUGGUGAGGAUGAGUUUGUCUACUUCAACAUUUAAAUCAGAUGAACAGGAAAAGGGAGGAGGUUCUCCACAGGAUAGGGUGGCAAGGAGUGGAAUGGGUUCUAGCAAGAGUUAGCUUUAAUCAGGUCAAGAAGGUGAAGGGAAAUGGGGAAAUUAGUUCAGGAUUUCAAAGAGAAGUUUGCCCACAGUGAGGGCCAGGAGACUUGUCAAGUAGGUGGAAGGUGAGGGAAGGUUUUGAGGGAAAGCACAAAGUUUGUGGAGAAGAUUUGAUAGGAAAUCAGUAGCAGGAAUGAGAAGUUUGUACACAUUGUAUGAGGUAUGUAUAAAUGGGCUUAGUGGAACCACUAGCCAAAAUGUAACUACCAGUUAUUAAACACCUAUUAUGUUUAGCUUUGGGCUAGAUGCUAAGAAAACAUAAAAACAAGGUUUAAAAACAUGCCUGCCUCGGGGUAGGCAGGGCUAACACAUAGAAACAUAACAAAGCAAAGCAAUGUGUAGAAGUCACAGUGAGCCAUAGAAACAAUUUGCCCCAUAGGAGACCAGAGUAAGGAAAUCAAUGUGUGCAGAACUGUGAAGAAAGGCCUGGAAGUAAAGGUAAUUAUUUAAGCUGGCUGGCCAUUGAAGGAUGAUAGGAUUUGGAUGGGCAAAAGAAAGUGGGAAAAGUACUCCAGUGGGGAAAACAACAUGAACAAGGCUUACAGAGAAGCAUUAGGGAGCCAUACAACGAGUCCAAUGGAAGCGUGCUGGGAACUUGUGGGAGGUAAGUAAGAUUGCAUGGGGGCUGGAGUCAGAUCACUAGGCACAGAAGUAUGGACUUUUUUUUUUUUUUUUUUUAUCCAUGGUUAGUGGGAAGCCACUGGAGUUGCUUGAAUAGAGAAUGAAUGGCAUAAUGAAAUCCAUGGUGGUGAUUAGCAAUAGCAUGGACAGGAGGAGGAAGAGUGUAAAGGAAGGAGCUUUGUAGUCAGUACCCAAGAUGACAGGUGCAUCCACUCAGGUGGUGGCCAUGUGAUAAGGGUAAGGGGUGGAGGAACCCGCGUGAUGUGGAACCUUAUUAGAGAACAGAAUGAAAAAGAGGGAAGAUUGAUACAUAAAAGGAUUCUGCAGUUUCCAGACAGGUUCUCUCAGAGAAACAUGUUUACAUAAAAAGGUAAUCCAGCCAACAUCAUUCCAAAUGAUGUGUAUAAACUCACAUAAACUCUGUCCCAUCUAGUGUUCGGAACAAUCUAACAUACGGAGAAUCUUGUGCCCUUUGUCCAUCUUGUUCUAAACAAGAGGUGAGACAGGAAAGAGUGAAGGCUGUGGUGCCGAAGGUAUUUUAAGCAAUUGAAUAAACAACAGAUAUUACAAAAAUACAUCAUAUAUGUGUAUGCUUAAUACAUAUAAAUCAUAAAUAAUAGCUAGUAUUUGAGUACCUACUCUACACUAAGCAUUUUCCCUGUGUCUCUUGUUUAGUCAGAUUGCAACCAAAAACAGUCACCACAACCACUGUGAUGGUGAGGAAGAUAAUCUUCUUAUUUCACAGAAAAGGAAUCUGAGAGUCAGAGAGGUUACCUGUUCCUUGCUGGAGGGUAAAAUGGCCGGUUAGGAGCAGAGUUGGUUUUAAAAUUGAGAUGUUUCUGACUCAAAAACUCUAUAGUCUGCUCUUUCCACAUACUAUAUUGCUGGUGAGGGGCAGUGUGGUUCAAAAAACCUGCACCUACAGCAGUAUUUGUUAUUUUUGAAAAGAGGUUAUGGUCCAGUGACAAGUUUGUUCAAAACUUUGUUACUGGAGAUAGAACUAUUAUGGAAGAGAAAGAUGUGUUCAAGGAUAUCUGAUAGUGUCAGUUUUCGUGAUGGUGUGAAUGUAUCAUUAACUUCUAUGUAAAAUAAAGCAGUCUAAUUAGAGAAAAAUAAUCUGAGAGUCUUGCAAUGUAAAAAGGAAGGGCUAUAGCUAUAUAAACACAUAUCCAGGGUGUCUCUAAUUUUGAGUGGGUUGUAAAGUCUGUUUGUCAAUUUUUUUAACUGCACAGCCAUUAUGUAGUUGCCUGCUUACUCUCUCAUUCAUAACUAAUUCAGAAUGUUAGGACGUGAGUAAUUUGACUAUAUUUAACAAUUGGAGAAAAGUGGUCAUUGUGCGUUGUGAACCAGGGAACCUCCAAAAGUGCCUUAUAUGAUUCUGAAUCUUCUUCACAGGGGAGAUGAGAAGACUAAAUUAAUACACAAAAAGCAUUUAGGAAAGAGGCUUGACAAAGUGAGCUGAAUAAAUGUUGGAUGAUAUUAUUAUUAUUAUUAUUUGCAAACCAACAUCUGUCGCUGGAAAGCUGUUUGUAAGCCAGCCAGCCCUUUCUAAGUCCAUCCUGUGGCUUUGGUACUCUCCUUCACAACUUUGUGUAUCAAGCCUCCAGCCCCGUACCACCCUGUCUUCUUUCUCCUUUCCUUCUGUGCGUAGACACCACACACACACAUACACACACAGACACUCACACACACUGAAUUAAAGGACCUCACGCGUCCUCUGAACUCUUCAGGGCUGGUGUAUGCCUGGGUUCACGUGAAUUUCUUUUUGGAGAGGAAAAGAAAUAGCUUCACAAAGGGAUACAGCUAGUGUUGCCAGAGCAGCAGCUUGUUUUGGCAUAGUGUUUGGAAAUUAACUUAUUUUGAGUUUGAGUUGAGGAAGAGAGAGUAGAGAAGGAUCAACAGAAGACAAGUGAGGAAGUAGGUGGAGCUGAGAAGGCUCUGGGAAGCUUUGAUUUGCCUACUUUUUCUCUGGUCUUGCCUUGCAAAAAUGUUAGACUGCUACGCCUUAUAUGAAUAACAAGUUGUUCCUAAGUUGAUAUUUGUAACUUAGUGACAUUUUAGUACGCAAUCAAAAAACAUCUUUGGGGGAAUGAUUGUAGUAAAUGAAUAUGCCUCUUAAAAAUAGAAAUUAUUGGGGUGCCUGGGUGGCUCCGUCAGUUAAGUGUCCGACUUCGGCUCAGGUCUCAUGAUCCUGUGGUUCAUGGGUCGGAGCCCCAUGUAGGGCUCUGUGCUGACAGCUGGGAGCCUGGAGCCUGCUUUGUGGAUUCUGUCUCUUGCUCUCUCUGCCUCUCCCCUGCUCGUACUCUGUCUCUCUCUCUCAAAAAUAAAUAAAACAUUUUUUAAAAAUUUUAAAAUUAGAAAUUAUUGAAAUUUUACUAAUUCAACUGAAUUGAAAAGUCUGUCUGAAGUCUGAGCCUAGUCAUUAAAAAGAGCUCUCUUUCAAAUUACCUUGCUUUUGAUCCACAUGUUUUUAUUAAAGAAUAGCAAAUUGGUUGAGGAAUUGCGAUUGCAUCAAAUCAGACAUUUUAGAAGUAGUAUUUUACUGUAUAAAGAUAAUCUGUUGAUGAAAAAUUUUUUUCUAUUCCUAUGUUGUAAGAUAUGUGAAUAAAAUUUCCCAUGCCACCUUGCUUUCCUGAUAAGUGAAUACUGAAUUUUCUGAGCUUCAGGACUAACCUUUCUUUUAUAUUAAGUCGGAUUACUUUUCAGUUAUUUAUAAGAUUAAUUAAUUGCAUUGUGACUUUUCUGGUGUCAAGAUUUUGUUUCAGAAUCCACAUCCUUAUUCCUAGUCUCCUUUGAAAGAGUUGGUUUAUGUCACUUAAGAAAAGCAAUUCCACUUGGACUGGUGCUACUUAGUUUGGGAGGGAAGUUCACACCUUGCAAGUAGCUAACUUUUCACAUCUUAAUAGAAGGCUACAGAGCAAAGUUAGCACUUUUGAUUUUAUAACGCAGCAUCCUAAUAGGGAACUGUGAAAAAAAAAAAAAACAAAAAAAGAAAAACAAAAUGUCUUUAUCCAGUAACAGGGCUUAAAAUAGUCUCCUUUGUAGACUAAAUACAAUUGAGGCCUCUCAUCUGAUGUGUCCCUAACUGGUGGUUUAGGUCAGUUUCUAUUAAAAAAAAAAAAAUUGAUAAAGCAGAGAAUCUUAAAUGCUUUUUAUUUUAACUUAAACAUAUAAAAAACUUUAAUGUUUAUUUUUGAGAGAGGGAAAGAACAGGGGAGGGGCAGAGAGAGAGGGAAACACAGAAUCCGAAGCAGGCUCCAGGCUCUGAGCUGUCAGCACAGAGCCUGACAUGGGGCUCGAACUCACAAACCGUGAGAUCAUGGCCUGAACCAAAAUCAAGGGUCAGACCCUUAAUCGACUGAGCCACCCAGGCGCCCCAUUAACUUAAACAUAUAAAUGUACAUAUGUUCACCUGCCUUUUGAUACAGUGACCUUUACUCAGUAUCAUAGAAAGUCACUUAAUCUUUCGUAAAGUAGUUUUUCUAUGCAUGAUAGGUAGUCCCCGGACUCCUUAAUACUGAAUGAUACAUGCAUUACCUUAGGAGCACUUAAACUGUUGCUGAAAUAUUUAUCUUUGGAUUUGAAAAAUAAAUUUCAGUGAGGCAUGGCCCAAAGUAUAGAUUGCUAUUAUCCCUACAUGCGUAUCAGAAAUCACCAAUGCAAGAAACUCAGUUUUUAUCCAUUUAGAUAAUCUUUCGUUCUUUUUCUAUAGUCUGUUUUAUACUGCAUUUAUAUUUACCACUUUUCCAGCAAAGCCCUUCAUCCAAAAGUGAUGCAGGGAUAUUCUGAAUCCGAAUAAUAGUUCUUUUCUUUUUCCUAAGGUUGUAUGUUGUAUUGAGUCUAGUUUAGGAAAGUAUGUUUUCAUCUGUCUGGAUCAGCUCUGUCGAAUAGAAAUAUAAUGUGAACCACACAUGUAAUUAAAAACUUUCUAAUAGCUACAUUAAAAAGAGUAAAAAUAAAGAGGAAAAGUUACUUUUAAUAAUAUAUUUUAUUUAGCCCAACAUAUCCAGAAACUUACACUUCGGUAUUUAACCAAUAUAGACACUUCCCGAGAGACUUUGCCUCUCUUUCGUACUAAGUCUUUGAAAAUUGUGUAUUUUAUACUUCAUAGAUAUCUGUUUGGACUAGCACAUUUCAAGUACUCAGUAGCUCCCUCUAGCAAAUGUAGUAUAUGCUCCAGCAAAUGGGCAUAUUAAGCAGUGCAGAUCUAGAGAAUAUCUUCUUGUCCUCCCAAGAUUCCUUAAAUUCAUUCUUAGUUUGAAUGCCUAUUGUUGCAAUCCUCAGAGUGUCCUCCUCCUCCUCCUUAUAGAGAUACAUGAGGUGGAAACUACUUCUAUGAUGAUACUAAGUGUAGCAUCGGAGUGUAGAGCCUAGUUUUCUAGAGGAUACAUGACACUUGGUAUCGCAACAAAUUGAACACAGAAGCAGGUAGAAGAAUCCAGCUGUCUUCUGUGAAAUCAGAUGUUAAAAAAUAGAUUUGCAAAAUGCAAAACAAUGGCACUGUUCUCACUAAGAGGUUUGUUUGUUUGGGAAAAUAAUAUUUUCCACAAACGGGUUUAUUGUUCUCUUGAAAGGAAUUAAUACAUGCAAUAAUUUUUAAGAGGGUAAAGGGAUUCUUAGACCAGAAAGUUGGAGACACAGGUUGAAUUCCCUUGGUUCUUUAUUUGGCAUUAUUGAUGACAGGUAUUCUACAUAAGUGUGUUUUCCAACUAACGAAGUGUUAUUGCACAUUUUAGAAUGUCCAGAUGUUGUUUAUUGUAUGGAGCAUUUUCUAAAAUACAUCAUGUACAUGUCAGACGAUACUGAAUGUAAUCUAGCAUGUCCUGUUGACUGGACCCCGGCGACAGCUCUGCAUCCAGAGCUUACGUAUCCGCGGAGCUCUGUGUCAAGUUCAUCUAGCUGUACAUUUGCAGUGUUGGUCUCUUCCGGUUUGGACAGAGGAUCCAAAGGCCAAAUUUCCACUUUUAGCAGUUUUAUUUCAACUGUUAACCAGAAGAAAGAAGCUGCUGAAAACAGAAGUUCACCUACACAUCUUGUUUUCCCUAACAUCAAGAAUGUGAGAGACCUACCACCAAUUUGCCUUGAUGUUAGACAAAAACAGCGUAUCUCUACAGAAGCAUCAUCAUCAUCUGAAACGAAGGCCCCAGUUCUUCCAGAACCUGUUCUUCCUAACCAGCCCAAGACCAUGAAAGACUUUCAGGAAGAUACAGAAAAAGCUAAGUCGUCAGGAGAUUGGAAAGCAGUACAUGAUUUUUAUCUGACAACAUUUGAUUCUUUCCCAGAACUAAAUGCUGCAUUUAAGAAAGAUGCCACCACCUCAUUUAAUACCAUUGAAGACUCUGGGAUUAAUGCUAAGUUUGUGAAUGCUGUAUAUGAUGCCUUACUUAAUACUCCUCAAGACAUUCAGAAGACGGUAUUAAAGGGAAUCAUUAACAGCCUAUUACGAGAAUGGAAAGGUCCACGAACAAAAGAUGAUCUUAGAGCAUAUUUUAUACUUCUACAGAAUCCUCAAUUUAAUAACACAUCUACGUAUGUCAUCUAUGCUCACUUGCUACGACAGAUAGCUACCUUAGUGGAAGCUGAUCAUCAUUUCCUAGUUCACUGGUUUAAAAAAUUGUCCCAGAAGAGGUUCAAACAAUUGGUAGAGAGAUUGCUGCAAUUUAUUUCCUUACGCCUGUUUCCUGCAAAGCCUGAAGAAUUUCCACCUAUAACAAAGUGCUCCUGGUGGAUCCCAUCAGCAUCUAAAGUGUUGUCUUUACUCAAUACUGCAAACAGUUUGGUUCACCCUCCCCUUAUUCCUUAUACUGAUUUCUAUAAUUCUACAUUGGAUCACAUUGAUCUCAUGGAAGAAUACCACACCUGGCAGAGCUUUGGAAACUCUCACAGGUUUUCCUUCUGUCAGUACCCAUUCGUUAUUUCUAUAGCUGCAAAAAAAAUCAUUAUUCAAAGAGACUCAGAGCAACAGAUGAUAAGCAUCGCAAGGCAAAGUCUGGUGGAUAAAGUAUCUCGAAGACAGAGACCUGAUAUGAACAUGCUAUUUCUAAAUAUGAAAGUAAGACGGACACAUCUGGUUAGUGAUUCGCUUGAUGAGUUAACCCGGAAAAGAGCAGACUUAAAAAAGAAGUUGAAAGUUACGUUUGUAGGGGAAGCUGGUUUGGAUAUGGGUGGCUUGACCAAAGAAUGGUUCCUUCUUCUAAUUCGCCAAAUUUUUCAUCCAGAUUAUGGCAUGUUUACAUAUCACAAGGAUUCACACUGCCAUUGGUUUAGCAGUUUUAAAUGUGAUAACUAUUCUGAAUUCCGAUUGGUUGGAAUUCUUAUGGGACUAGCUGUUUAUAACAGCAUUACCUUGGAUAUUCGUUUCCCCCCCUGCUGUUACAAGAAACUGUUGAGCCCUCCCAUCAUUCCUAGUGAUCAGAAUACACCAGUAGGUAUCUGCAGUGUGACCACUGACGACUUAUGUCAAAUUAUGCCUGAGUUGGCCCAUGGGUUAAGUGAACUCCUAUCAUAUGAAGGCAAUGUUGAAGAAGAUUUCUAUUCAACAUUCCAGGUUUUUCAAGAAGAAUUUGGAAUAAUUAAGUCCUAUAAUUUAAAGCCAGGUGGUGAUAAAAUUCCAGUUACCAAUCAAAAUAGGAAAGAAUAUGUACAGCUUUAUGUUGACUUUCUUCUCAACAAAUCCAUCUAUAAGCAGUUUGCUGCAUUUUAUUAUGGAUUUCAUAGUGUGUGUGCUUCAAAUGCCCUGAUGCUGCUUCGUCCAGAAGAGGUUGAAAUUCUGGUCUGUGGAAGUCCUGAGCUGGAUAUGCAUGCUCUGCAGAGAAGCACUCAGUAUGAUGGCUACGCGAAAACAGACUUAACUAUACGAUAUUUUUGGGAUGUUGUGCUUGGAUUUCCUCUUGAUCUUCAAAAGAAGUUGCUACAUUUUACUACAGGAAGUGACAGAGUGCCUGUAGGAGGAAUGGCUGACUUGAACUUUAAAAUCUCAAAGAAUGAAACUUCUACUAACUGGUUGCCUGUGGCCCACACCUGCUUCAAUCAACUUUGCCUUCCCCCCUACAAGAGCAAAAAGGACCUGAAGCAGAAAUUGAUCAUUGGAAUUUCAAAUUCAGAAGGUUUUGGACUUGAGUAACCUAGAAGACUUGAAAUAUAUUUUAUAUGUAGCAUUCACUUCCCUCUUAUUGUGCCUUUAACCUUUUCAUGUCUCUGUCUCACAACACCUUGACAAAGCUCACCAACUUUAAAAUACUGAUUUUUUUUUUUUAAAUCGAGUAUGAAGUAUGUUCAAUGGGGGAGGCACGAUUUUCUAAAAACACAGAAAUCGCUCGAGUAAGGAAGAGACCAGACAGCAGAGACAGGUGUGGGUCCGGCCCCUCUUUUUUAUAGCACUUUAUGAUUCUCUGUAAGUAGCUUCUCACAGGUGUUCCACUGGGAAAGCAAAGCACAGUGAAGCACGCGUUGACCCCGUCGCGGAGCCCAGUGGCAGAUUGCGUGCUGCCAGCACACGUAGCAACGCACAUAGCUCCAUUCUCAUUCAUGUAAGGCAUGUAGCCAUAUUUUCAUACACCUGAGGGCAACAACAAACAGCAGUAUAAAUGCAGUUUACAGGGUUUUUUGAUAUACUGGCUUUGGUCCUAUAAGAUUCUUUUCAACUGUUGCUGAAAAGCAUGUAAAUAACUACAAACUAGCCUGAGAAUAAUGGGAUUUUGAUAGUGCCAUUUAUUGCUAAAAGAUUUAUUUUUACAAAGUAAAUUCAGGGUUUUAGAUGUGUAUACAGCUUUUACAAAUCAAUAAAGAUGACUGUACAGGAGUGUUAACUAUUUUCAGACCAUUGGGUUCGAGGUUAUGUUCUUUUAAGUAACGUUAGUCUGCAUGCACGUUGGCAGUAAACUAGUUAGAGUAUUCUGUAAUAUUUGUAUAAUGAUCAUUUCUUCUUAAGGGUCAGAAUAUUAGGAAAUCAGAUCUAACUAAUUGUUGAUAAAUUAAGUCAAUUACAAGCACAAAAGAAAAGAACUGUUUUUAUACAUACUUUGACAUACAAGGCUUAUUUCUAGUAUUUUUGAUCACCAGUUGUACUGAAACACUAAUUUUUGCUAAAGGCUAGGAUAAGAUAUUUGACAAAAGUGAAUACAAUAAUAACAUCUGUGUCAAAAUGAUAUAGCUUGGUGUAAAAAUAAAGUUCAACAUUUUGGCCAAAAUGUUUGUAUUUCACUGGAUUCUGAAUGUAGUAAAUUCAAAAGUUCCCUUUUUGGAGUUUCUUAAAAAAGCAGCAUGUAAAAAGAAACUACAUUUUAAGUGAGACAGUAAAUGGUUUUCUUUUUAUUUACAGCAAAUGAAGCAGUUUUAUUAGCAUGUUACAAAUAUUUUCGAAUCAAGACUUCUUUAUUAUACUUUGAAUAGCUUUCCUUCAGAAAACUCUGAAGAUGUAUUUGCAAUAAUAAUGAAGCCAGCAUUUAGUACCAGCAUAUGGUUCACAGGCAAAUAAUACUGUCCCCCAAUUUUUUCUCAGUUACACUGUUUUCUUACUGCUCUGCUUCCUGCACCCAACCAGCAGAAUUCUUUUAGGGUGGAGGAACGAAUUAACUCAUUCUCCUGUAGUUCGAAAGCCAAUUCGCCAAUCUUCAAGGAAAAGGAGUUAAUUACUUUGUUUACUAUUCUCUUUAAGACGGAAGUGACUCUGCUUUUCCAUAGGGUAUACUAUGUCAAGGAUUUUUCUUCUUAAAAACCUUGGAAAAUCCUAAGAAAGUUCAAGGCAUGUUGGUUUUGUUUCGUUUGCUCUGUUUUUUAUCCAUAUGCAAAUAAAACUGCUUCUCGGUUACUCUGCUUGAAAUAGAACGUAAGAUGUUUAAUGUAGGUUACUGCUUACUAGUAAGCACAAAAGAAUCAUGUAUAAGAAAUCAGACUUAAGUGUUUUAAAUAAAAUGUAAACAGUUUUUAUUUGGUAGAGACGGGAAAAUUGUGCUGGCUUGGUCUGCAUGUUUAAUGAUGUGCUUGUAUAUCGAUAGCUAUGUCACUUUUAAAUAAGUACACAAGCAAGCCAAAUUUUUAAAUGACAAAGUCCAUAAAUAACUGGAAAACUAUUGUUGUCUGUUGUUAAUAAGUUGAAAUUUGUAACCAUUUAUCACUUACUUACACAUUGCCUUUAUUUAUUUAUGUUCUGUUUUUGGUUUACAGUGUAAUAAUACCUCAUUUUUUUAAAAAAAUCACUACUGUUCUAUUUCAUUAAUUUAAAUAGCUAGAAAAUUCAUGUAGUUGCUUUUUUAAAUAUAAUCUGUUAAGGAAUUCUUGAUUUUUAUAUCCGCCACAGUAAAUUAAAGCAUUGCACAGUAUUUAUCAGUAUUUACAAAAUGUCCUGUCCUUUUUAAAUCUUUGCUUAAUCAUAUUUUUGUCUGUAUGAUCAAAAGUUUUUAAUGGUCUGUCUUUUUUGUACAAAUCUGUAUUGUAUUAAGUUGUUCAUUUCUGGAAGAAAAAUUUUCAAAUAUUAAAGUUAUGCAAUCAGUCAGG